AUGGAGGGACCUAAAAUAACAGUUGUAAUUAGAAAGAGACCAUUAGGAAAGAAAGAAUUAGCUCGUGGUGAUUAAGAUAUUGUACAAGUUAAAGAUUAAGCCACAGUAUUAUUAAGCGAGAUCAAGUAUGCAUUUUGAAAUUCAAUAUACUCUUUCUUUUUUAGAUAGAAAGUUGAUCUUACCAAGUAUGUUGAAUAACAUCACUUCAAUUUCGACUUAGCAUUUGAUGAAAGUGUAAAUAAUGAAGGAGUUUAUGCCACUGCAGUACGUCCUAUAAUUGAAGCAGCCUUUAACAAAGCCAAAUGCACUUGUUUUGCAUAUGGAUAAACAGGAAGUGGCAAAACAUUCACUAUGCUUGGAGAUACUGAAAAUAAUGUUCAUGGACUAUAUCUUAUGGCUAGUUACGACCUUUUUGCCAUUUUAUAAAGAGUAAAUUGCAUCACUAUUAUACAUAUAGCCUGAAUAUUGUAAUUUAUAUGUCACCAUUUCCUUUUAUGAAAUUUAUUGUGGAAAAUUGUUUGAUCUCUUAAAUGAUAGAACAUAAUUGGCUGCAUAAGAAGAUGCUAAAGGCAAUGUUUAAAUCAAAGGAUUAACCGAAAAAAAAAUUCAAAAUGUUUAAUAACUAAUGCAAAUCAUUCAACAUGGAUAAAACUCUAGAGUCACUUCUUAAAACUCUGCUAAUUCAGAAUCAUCACGAUCUCAUGCAUUACUUUAAAUUAACUUAAAAUAAGGCAAAUUAGUUCAUGGCAAACUUUCUUUUAUUGAUUUAGCAGGUAGUGAAAGGGGUGCUGAUGUUAGAGAUUAAGACAAAACAACUAGAGUAGAUGGAGCUGAAAUUAAUAAAUCACUUUUGGCUUUAAAAGAAUGUAUUAGAGCAUUAGAUUUAAAUAAAAAUCAUACACCCUUUAGAGGUAGUAAACUCACACUUGUUCUCAAAGAUAGUUUGAUUGGUAAUUGUAGAACUGUUAUGAUUGGAAACAUUUCACCAAGUAGUGCUAAUAGUGAACAUACACUCAAUACUUUAAGGUAUGCUGAUAGGGUUAAAGAGUUAAAAAAACCAUAAGAUUAAAAAUCAGGUGGUGAUCCACUCAAUAGAGAAUUGAUGUUAGCCAGAACAGGUUUUAUUUCUUUCUUAUUACGUUAGAUACCAACGUAAUCCGUCGGGAGUAUAGAAAUCCUGAUUCUGAGGAAGAGGAAGGUGAUGAUUUAUAUAGUGGACCACAAGGAUCUUAAGGUAGUUUAAGUCAGAUGAACAAUUAGAAAUAUCAAUAAUCUCAUAAUAUGACAUCUUCUUAAUAAAACUAAUCAUAAUAAUAAUUUUAAUAUGGUUAAUAAUAGUAAUUAUAAUAAUAAUAAUUAUAAUAAUAAUUAGCCCCUUAAUCAUAACCUUAAUAACAUCCCCGUACAUUAUCAGCUAAUUCUUAAUAAUCAUUGUCUUAGUAACAAUAAUAUAAUUAAUAAUUCAUCAAUCCUUAUGCCAAACAGUAACAACCAUAAUAAUAAUAACCACCCAAUAUUCCGAAAUCUAAAAGUGUUUAGUCAAAUUAACAAUAAUAAUAAUAGUCAUCAUCCCAAACACAAUUGCCUUCUCAGCAAUUUUUUAUGUAAUAGCCAAUGAUGAAUCCAUAAUAAUAGAAUAUAUAUUAAUAGCAAUAGUAACCCAAUCUUUAAUAAUUCACUAAUCCGUAACCUUAACAAUAUUAACCAUAAAUGUAUAGCAAUAUACCAAAAUAAAAUGUUGUUUAAUAAAAUCCAUUACUAUUUUAGUAAUAACAAAACUAAUUCUCAUAAUAAUAAUAAUUGUUUUAAUAAUUUCCAUAAUAAUCAUAUGCUAAUAACAAUCAAUUUUAUUAAAAACAAUAACCGUUGAUUCCAGGAAUGAAUCCUAUAGUCUAAUAGCCAUAGCCAAAUAAUUUUAUGCAGCAUUACCUGGAUAAUAAUUUAAAUUAAUAGUAAUAAGACCCAUUUAUAAAUGAUGAUUUUUAAGGUGAAGAUGGAGACAAUUUAUUAUUAGAAGAAGUAGAUCCAGAAUAGGAGGUUUAAGAAUAAAGAAAUUAAAUAUUAUCACAAUAACAUUAAGAAUUGGUAAAUAAAGUAUUAUAAGAAGAAGAUGAAAUAAUUGUAUUUCAUAGAGAUCAUAUUGAUGUAAUGGUCGAGAUUUGUAAAUCGGUAUUAAUUUAAAUUAAUAAUUAGGAUAUGAUUCUAUUGAAUUCAUUAGAUUAAAAUCAAGUUGCUGUAGCUGAUUAUAUGGUUAAACUAAAAUAGAAUUUGUAAGUGAAACAAUAAGCUAUCAAUGAUUUCAUAAAUAAGUUAGGAUAAUAUGAAUAAUUGCUUGAAUAAGUAUUGAAUCUCUAUACAAUUAUUUAGGAAGCUGAACUAAAUGUAUAAUUGAAGGAGUUCGGAUUGGGUAAUAACUCAAAUUAAACAAAUAUAUAAUGAUAACUAAUCAUAAUGUUAACUCUA